AUGAUACUUUCAGUAAUCCGUACGUGGCUCUAUGAUGUUAUUUGGCAUCCUGUAGCUACGGAGUCAGACGAGUCAAAGAAUAUUGCACCGUUACAGAUUAAUACCCCCAAUCACUGUCAAAUAGACGAAAUGGAAGCUGGGCUGUCUCCCCAUGUGCAAAGUCUUCGAGCAGAGGGUCAGAAUCACAAUCCCCAACCUCGAACUGGCAAAAUAGAAUGCACGCAUAUUCCUGGACGAUCUAGCAAUACUUUACCUUCUCCAUUUUCCCGUGACCCUUAUCUCGGUCUCCCAGUGAUUGGUAAUGGCAUGACUGGGUUCAUUCUUAAGCUUGGGGAAGACCGUGCUGUGAAGAAAGCAAAGCGAUAUCAACCUGGGUACCUCCAAAACCGCGAGGAUGUGGAAUACAUGAACCAAAUAAACCAGCAAACUCUGGAUAAUGAGAUGCAAGUCUUCCAGCGCCUGGGCAGUCACAAAGGGAUUAUUUCUUGCUUCCCGACAUCUCAAUAUGGGAUUGAACUAGCCCUUGCACAAGAAAAUCUUGAAACUUAUCUAGAGACCCAUCCAGAGCAUGAUAACUCCCUGAAAACGAGCUGGAUCUGGAGUAUUAUCAACACUUUUACACAUGUCCACUCUUGCAAGGUAUUUGUGGAUGAUAUCGCUCUUCGCAAUAUCUUAGUGGUGGAUGGACAGCUUAAGCUUUCUGACUUUGGACAAUCUAUUUUAUUACCACAUGAUACUGAUAUGACUUCAGCAAAUGAAAACGACUUAAAUGUCCAGAUUGAGAUACUUCACCUUGGUUGGGUUCUCUAUUCUAUUGCAUCCUGGCGCGUCCAUAAGUACUAUUUCUUCAGCCCCGGAAACCCUGGAUUGUGUUGGCCCGAGCCAGACUCAUUCCCAAAUGUUGAUCAUGUUCUCUUUGGGAGAAUAAUCCAGAAGUGCUGGCGGGGCGAAUAUACGAGUAUGGAUAAUCUGAGAGACGAGGCUCACCAAUUGCUCACUGCCGACGAAGAUCACCCGGUGCGCGAUCUUGGUAACGAAUCUUGACUGGCUUGAUUACGUCUCCUGAAGAAAUAUGUCAGUCUUCCGGAGAUGGUUUGCCAAUCUCGCUUUGGUUUGCGCCUCUGUGCCGGUAGACUUGUGAAAUGCCGGUCGUCCUCGGAGGGCCUUGGGCUAGAUUGGUCUGCGCGGACUCCGUGAAGUAUUCCAAUAAGCAGAACAACGAGUUGAAAGCAAUCGCCGAAUCCCUCACUGCUCGCUUGCUCACGUCUUCGGGGGGAUGGCAAGAUAUAGCAGCCUGCGUGGGAAAAGCAGAGAACUGGUAUCAACGAUAGUUGUAUUUUGGCGCACCAGAGAAAAACCUGCCUACACAGCAAAGGCCGUUCAUUUGUCAAUUGCAUAUCAAGGUAGUCUAUCCAGAAUCAGAACAGGAUGGUACAGCUUAGAACUAUCGUGCUGGCGAUUUCAUC